AUGCAGACAGCCAACUCAGCUCCUAGUCUCUGCAGAACCACCCCAGGAAGUGCGGGAGUGGAUCUGUGUGCCUCCACCAGCUCAGUACUGACCCCCAAGGAUGGUGUCCAGGUUAUUUCCACUGGGGUUUUGGGACCUCCCCCACCUCACACGUGUUUUCUAAUUCUGGGGCGUGCCUCCACCACAUUAAAGAGACUUAUAGUUCAUCCCUCUUUAGUGGACAAUGAUUAUACAGGAGAAAUUAAGAUUCUGGUCAGUGCCCCUCGAGGCCCAAUAUCAAUCUUCCAAGGGCAAAGCUUGACAAAGGCUCUGCCUCUACCUCUAGAUCCCUCCCACCCAGUGAAAGGUGCAUGGCACGGCUCUUCUUAGCCAGGAUCCUCAGACAUAUACUGGGUCCAAGCAAUCACUAAGGACCACCCUACGCUCAGCCUUAAGAUAAAUGGCAAGAGCUUUGAAGGCAUUUUAGAUUCAGGCGCUGACUCGACUGUAAUUUCACAGAGUGCCUGGCCUUCUGCUUGGCCUUUACAAGCCACUCUGACCCAUCUGCAAGGAAUCAGACAAUCAAAAAAUACUCACCAGAGCCCACAGUUGCUGACUUGGGAAGAUAGUGAGGGAAAUUCAGGCUUUAUUCAGCCCUUCGUUGUUCCUAGCCUACCUGUUAAUCUUUGGGGAAGAGACAUUCUCUCUCAAAUGAAAGUUUUCAUGUGCAGUCCCAAUGAGGUUGUUGCUCAACAAAUGCUCUCCCAGGGAUAUCUCCCUGGACAGGGAUUAGGCAAAAAUAGGAAGGGGAGGCCUAUGCCAAUAGCUACCUCUCCCAAAAUGGAUCAUACAGGCUCAGGUUGUUGA